GAUAGGAGCGGGGUGGGGUGGGGGGCUCAGGGGGAGGUGAGGAGAAGAGGAGGAGGAGGAGGAGGAGGGGGGCUCCAGGAGAAUGGGCCUGGAACGCAAACAGUCCAAAUUGGAUUAAAGCAGUAUGCUGGACAAGAGCGAGGCGACAACUCUCAGCCUCCCCUCCACCGCCAGCCAUGGAGGCUCAGACAGCAACAUUAGCGCAGAGGGCGCGGCGGGCUCAGCGUCCGGCGGCACUGAGGGCGGCGCGGGAUGCGGCGAGCCCCAGCGAACCCGGGCGGCUCUGGAGCACCUGCAACAGAAAAUCUUGAAGGUGACCGAGCAGAUCCGGGUAGAGCAGGAGGCCCGUGACGACAACGUUGCCGAGUACCUUAAGUUAGCCCACAACGCCGACAAGCAGCAGGCAUCCAGGAUCAAGCAGGUGUUUGAGAAAAAGAACCAAAAGUCAGCACAGACCAUUGCACACUUGCACAAGAAGCUAGAGCAUUACCACAAGAAGCUAAAGGAGAUAGAACAGAAUGGACCGGCCCGGCAGCCCAAGGAUGUCCUGCGUGAUAUGCAACAAGGACUGAAGGACGUGGGGGCAAACGUUCGUGCAGGGAUAAGCGGUUUCGGAGGCGGCGUGGUAGAAGGGGUUAAAGGAGGAGUGUCGGCCCUCACUCACACCGCCGUGGUCUCCAAACCCAGAGAGUUCGCCAGUCUCAUCAGGAACAAGUUCGGCAGCGCGGAUAACAUUGCCCACCUCAAGGACACGCUGGAAGACGGAGUCGGCGGCCACCCCGACGACACCCCGACCCCACGCGCCCUCAGUGGAAGCGCCACUUUGGUGUCCAGCCCAAAGUACGGCAGCGACGACGAGUGCUCCAGCGCCACGUCCGGCUCCGCUCCAGGCAGCAACUCUGGUGGGGUGGGAGGAGGUGGUAUGUUAGGGCCCACGAUGGGGAGUCCCAGACUGGACGGACACCACCACCACCACCAUCACGUGCACAGCUCGUGGGACUCGCUCCUCGAGGGCUUGCAGGAGAUCAAAGCCAGCCAGGCACACAUGGAGGACACCAUUGAGGACAUGAAGGGCCAGCUGCAAAGCGACUACUCCUACAUGACGCAGUGCCUGCAAGAAGAGAGAUACAGGUAUGAACGACUAGAGGAGCAACUAAGCGACUUGACAGAACUUCAUCAGAAUGAAAUGAGCAAUCUCAAACAGGAACUGGCCAGCAUGGAGGAGAAAGUGGCUUACCAGUCCUAUGAGAGAGCAAGAGACAUUCAGGAGGCAGUGGAGUCGUGCCUGACUCGCAUCACCAAGCUGGAGCUUCAGCAGCAGCAGCAGCAGGUGGUCCAGCUGGAGGGCGUGGAGAACGCCAACGCCCGCGCGCUGUUGGGCAAGCUUAUUAACGUCAUCCUGGCGCUCAUGGCAGUACUACUGGUGUUCGUGUCCACGUUGGCCAACUUCAUCACGCCGCUGAUGAAGACACGGGCACGGGUGGGCGCCACUGUCCUGCUCACAGUGUUGCUCUUCGUUCUGUGGAAGCACUGGGACUUUUUGGAGCCCUGGCUUCUGCCCAGCUGAGCUGCACCGAGAAGGGAACUAGAGCAGUACGUGCUCCCGGUGGGUUUCUUUUUUAACCCUUGUGCCCUCCUAAAAUCUAUCCUUCUGACACCUUUGUGGGUUUUUCUUCUGCUUGUUGUUAAACAAAAACACUCAAAAAUUAACUCUUGCUUAAAUUUACCAAACAUCACAUUUUGUUGUUGGCAUCUGGUGCCAGUUGUCCCUACUUUUUGAGGGCCUGCGGCACAUACAGUACAAUAAAUGGGCCAAGAACAAGAGUGGGCUAACUACGUAUUUGUCAUCUUUGCAUUGAGGGCAGAAACAAUUGGAAAAAAGGCAUAUCGUUCAGAUAAAUCCAGGUCCUAAACCUGGACUUAAAGCACUAUUGCACUAUUGGGCUGAAGCUUAAAAUUGCUUUCUUGCAAAAUGACCAAAAUGGAGCUGGCCGACUGUAUUUCUCAUUUGCCAGACCAAUCUGAACACAGCGUCACGCCAAGUAAAACACACUGAAUUUUGGGAAAAAACAUUUCCGCUACCAAAAUGUUGGCCAAAUCAGAACAAAAUGAGAAAAAUGCACAAAAAUGCCAAAGGAGGGCACAAAGUUUAGGAGGCCUGCCACAGAAUGUGAGCUGCUUAUUUUCCUAUCGGCCUGAUGAUUAGACAAACCGCACGACAAGAUGGACAAAAUAACAUCCUGCCAAGCAUCUCAUGUCCGAAUCUCUGACCUUCUCUCAGUGUGGAUGACCAACCAUGGAUUAUCACUGCUGUCACCAAAAACAUCAUCUUAUUUUUCUAAAGUUACUUUUAGGAUCUUUGUUUGUUUGUUUGUUUUGCCUUCAUUUACCAGGUCGGUCCUGUUAAGAUGAGGGUAUCUCUUUCCAAGGAAAGCCUGGCUAAGACAUCAUGUUAAAACGGUUUCAACAACAUUCACAAAGUAAUAAAAUAAGGCUAAAACAGAAAUGCACGGUCGUCAGGAAAAUACAGGUAAAUUACAGGACUGUCGUUUUAAAAGAGAGCAGUGGUACAAUAUUCUAAGAGAAGCCAGUUCCUUGAAUUUUAAAGGUCCUUGAAGCAAAAUUCAAGCAGCAGGUCCAGAGAGAAUCAACGAGCACUGGCCUAAUUUGAACUAACAUUGUGAACAUUGAGCAGAAAUAAGUGCAGCCUGUCACAAACCUCAGGGCACCAAAUUAUAUGUAGUCCAAGGAUGUGGAUAUGCAUCGACUCCACCAUCAGUUGACAAGACAGCUCCCACUGACAUUGUGCCACACCUUCCUGUAGGGGGCCGACGCAGGCAGAAUGUUGAGUUGGCUUUCACUGUGGUAAAUUCAAACACAUGCUGCAUUCUAACGCCGGAUUUAGGUGGAAAUAGGACAAUGGUUUUACUGCAUACAAGCAGCAGGAGUAUCUCAAGAGUGAUUUGGUUGAGGAUUCAAGGUAAUUAUUAUAUUAAACAGCACCAUGCAUGCACGUUGAAACGUAAAAAAAAAAAUCAAUGGAUAAAAUUAGUGUAACUUUGGCUUUAAAUAUUUACGUAAAAUGAAUGAGAACUGCCUGUUUUUUGCUUUUAACCAAGAAUCUAGACUGUUCUACGUUAAUAUCUAUAGAAAUUCAGUGAUUUAAGCAUUUAUUUACAAGAAUUUUCAACUUAAGAAGCUCUUUUUUUUUCGUGAUGGCCGCCAUGUUGGAUUACACAAUACCGUAAUUUUGGCUUGAAACAUUUACGUAAAAUGAACGAUAACGGCCCGAUUUUUUGCUUUUAACCAAGAAUCUAGACUGUUUUACGUUCAUAUCAAAAGAAAUUCCGCAAUUUAAGCAUUUAUCUACAAGAAUUUUCAACUUAAAAAGCUCUUUGUUUCGUAACGGCCGCCAUGUUGGAUUACGCAAUACCGUAACUUUGGCUUGAAAUAGUUACGUAAAAAUGUACGAUAACUGCCCGUUUUUUUUUGCUUUUAACCAAGAAUCUACACUGUUUUAUGUUAAUAUCUAUAGAAAUUCCGCGAUUUAAGCAUUUAUUUACAAGAAUUUUCAACUAUGAAGCUCUUUGUUUUGUGACGGCCGCCAUGUUGGAUUUUGUAUCUCUACACAAUAGCGGAAUUCAACCUGAAUAAGUUGUGAUUGUAGAUAGAAAAAUGCAAAUUUUGUUCUUGUUGUGUAAAAUUAAGAUGAUUCUGCAGGAUUUCCUCAAGUAUUGUUUUUCAUGUGAAAAUUUUGUGAUUUAUUAGCUGUUGAAAACCAACAACUAAAAAAAAAAAAAAAAAAAAGUUGCUUUUUGGGCAGUAACUCAUAUAAUAUGUCAAAUAUUGCUAUUGAUCCUGAAAAUCUAGGUGAUUAUCUCUGCAUUUGGUGAUUUUCAUGCAUUUAGCCAUUUUAAGUUUUGUUAUAUAUAAAAAAAAAAAAUACGGAUUUUAUUAGGGAACGACUUUACAUUUUUUUUAUGUCGCUGUUCAUGAAGACUCAUACUGUAUAUGCCGAAGGGAGGUUCCUGUUUUGGUUUUAGGCCGCGAGCAGCUUUGGUUUUGAAAAUAUUUGAAUUUUAAGUAUUUUGAAAUAGGCCCCCUACGGAUCGGCCCCGAGCCCUGUGUCCCGUCAACUGAUAGUGAAGUCCAUGGGAUAUGUUUCCAAGGCAUCACAAAAGCCAAGCGUAGGAAGGAUGGUGGCAGUGAUCAAUAUUUGUGUGGCAGCAAAGGAGUAGCAAUACUAAAAGAUAUCCAGUUUGAAUUUUUUAAUCAGGGCUUCUACAUGAGUUCUAAAAUAAUCGAUCAAUUAAAACAACCAUGUAUUUAAUAAAAAUGAACACUAAUUUAACUGUGUUCAAUUGUCAGGAGAACACACUGGGAGGUGCCAUUAAAAAAAAAAAAAAAAACCUUUUUAGUUUUGGAAACGUUAAAAAUAAGUUUUACCUCCGUAAAAUGAUGUUCCACGAGAUUAAAGGAAAUAGUCAUGGGCUUCACCAUGAGUGGGACUACAGCAAUAAAUGAUGAUGUUUUCAUUUUAAAAAAAUCAAAUAUUGCAUCGGGUUUAGGUUCUGCUAAGCAAAUCUGCAUAAUAUUAAACAAAAUUGGACUUAAGUUUGAACCAUGGGGUACGCCAGAAGAAACUGUCUUCAAAAUACAGUGGUACCUCGACAUAUGACUGCAUCGACACAUGAUGCAACAUCCGACGUAAAGUUUGACUCGUCAUUUGUCUCGAGAUAUGACGACAUGCUCGAAAUAUGACAAUUUCAGACAGCGUCGCAGCGCGGCAGAUUUUCUUGUGAGAGAAAUCAACAUUGUACCCAAGAAAAUUAGUGCAGGUGAUAAAAAAGGGAAAAGGUAACACUUACCUUUGAAUGUAAGAAGGAAAUGAUACAAAAAUAUGACCGUAUGAACUGGCUCGACAAUACGGUUGGAAUAAUGUAUGUCUACGAUCUGACGGUCCUACUCCUCUACCACCACCCGCCAUCUCCAACUUCCAUUCGCCAGUCUCUAAAUUAAGGUGACAACGCUUUUUAUUUCCAAUGUAUUAUUAUUGUUCCAAUUUGUAUUUAUAAUGUUUUUGUUUUGAUAUGUGAAACUGCUAUUUAUAUUUGUACCUUCAGUAUUUAUUAAGGAUAUAGCGGAGGUUUUUGGGCUGUGGAACAAAUUCAUCGAUUCUAAUGUAUUCUUAUGAGAAAAUCCUGCUCGACAUACUGUACGACCAUUUCGACCAGGCCUUGGAACGAAUUAAAUUCGUAUGUAGAGGUACCACUGUAUUUGUAUUGCAUUCCAUUGAAUGAAUAAUUUGUAAAGGAAGGAGAAUUUACUUUACAUGCAGUCUUUACAUAAUUCAACAGAAUCCCAAUUAUAAUGCCAUAAUUCAUGAAGGAAUGCUUGUUUAGAUUAAGGAACCUUGACAUUUCUGACCACUUCACACACUCCUAUCAUGAGCAAAGAUGCUGCCAUAGAAUACCUGUGGAGGUUUAGAUGUAUCCUUAAACUCAAUAGGUGUGCUAUGUGCUGCAGUAACAGGGACAACAUUUAACUGUAUACCAGAAAUCAGAUGUAGAUGAAACAGGAGGUAUCGUUUCCUAAUUAAAUCUAGAUUGCUCUGAGGCUCCUUUUGUACAGAGUAAGAUGGUUGCAGGUAGCACAAGAGACUUUUUCUGUCAGGACAAUGUUCCAGGGGAUGAAAACAAGACAAACAAGGACGGACAGUCUCUAAGCAGAACUGGAUUAAAGAGGCCCACCUUCAGGUGGAAGCUUAUUCAGGAGGAAAUGUUUUUCCCCUCAUGAAUGUUUAUGUGCUCAUCAUGCAUGUCCUCAUGUGUGCACUGAAACCAGCUGACAUUUCAAUUAAUGAUAAUAUGGAUUUCACUCUAUGCCAGAGAUAAGUUCACUGGACGCUUCAUUGGGUACACCUGCACAAUAUGGUAUCUUAACUAGAAGUCAAGCGUUAUGGGAUUUCCAAAAGCUGAUGCCAAUACCACCCUUAAAAAAAAAAACAAAAAAAAACAACUGCCAAUUGUGAUAUCUAAAACUGAUCUUGAGUGAUUCGAUGCCAAUAUAAGUUUUUUUUAAGCAGUGACUUUUAAAGGCAAUUGAAAUAUUAUAUAUAUAUACUGUAUACACACACACACACACACUGAUGAGCAGAAGUAUUUGCACCCCUUGUGAUUUUGCAAGUUCACCAAUUUAGAAAGUAGGUAGAGGUCUGAAAUUUAACUUAUAGAUGCAUAUCCACUUAUAGUGACAUAAUCUUUAAAAAAAUACGUAACUCACAUUGAAUGAUUUUUCAAUAAUUUAUUUGUAAUUUACUGGGGUUCAUAAGUAUUUGUAUCCUUGAGAAUCAGCAAUAAUUAUGACACUCAAAGAGUUGUCAGUCUAUCUUAAAAAAAGUCCCCCUUUACCCCAUGAGUAACCACCAACCCACCCGUUUGAGCUCAACAUUGUCACAUGUGCACCCCACAGUCAGUCAUAAUCCAACUGCUACCAUGGGCAAGACCAGAGAGCUUUCGAAAGACACUAGAGAAAAAAAUGUUGAGCUCCACAAAGCUGAAAAAAAGGUUAUGGAACAAUUGGAAAUCAGGUUUAUGAGAAUAAAUCAACAGUUGCAGCAAUUGUUAGAGAAUGGAAAAGGCUAAACAGGACUGAUAAUCUACCUCAGAAUGGGGCUCCAUGUUAAAUCUCUCCUUGUGGGUUAUCCCUCAUGAUGCAAAAAGUGAGGGCUCAGCCUAGAACUACAUGACAGGAUUUGGCCAAUGACCUGAAGGGAGCUGGAUGCACAUCUUCAAAUGCUAAUGUCAAUAGAACACUACGGUGCAAUGGUUUAAAAUCAUGCAUUGCUCAGAAGGUUCCCCUGUUGAAGCCAGUACAUGUGAAGGCCUGUCUGAAGUUUUCCAGGGACCAUCUGAGUGAUGCAGAGGGGUCAUGGGAGAAAGUCAUGUGGUCAGAUGAGACCAAAGUAGAACUUUUUGGUGCAAACUUUACCUGUUGUGUGUGGUGGAAAAAGAAGGUUGAGUAUAAUCCCAAGAACACCAUCCCUAGUGUGAAGUUUGGGGAUGGAAACCUCAUGUUUUGGGGCUGCUUUUCGGCAAAGGGGACAGGACAACUGUACUGUUAAAGCAGAGGAUGAAUGGUAAAAUGUAUCAUCCGAUUUUGAGCCACAACCUCCUUCCCUCAGUCAAAGACUUGAAGAUGAGUCGUGGCUUGAUCAUCCAACAUGACAAUGAUUAGAAGCACACAGCUAAGCUGACCAAGGAGUGGCUGAGUAAAAAGCACAUCAAGGCUCUGGAGUGGCCCAGCCUGUCUCCCGAAAAUAGAAAUAGAAAAUCUUUGGAUUGAGCUGAAACUUCAUUAUUCUCAACGACAGCCCCAAAACCUGACAGAUCUAGAGAAGAUGUGUGUGGAGGAA